AAGUUGUAAUUAUUAUUUUAAAAUGCACAGUUUGUAUUAUAAUGAAACAUUUUAAUUAUUCAACUUAAGGAUAUUAUAUAUGUAUUUUCAUAAAAAUUUUUACCAGUUGCUACUUUCAGUAUCGGCUAGUAAGUAGGUCACAUCCUUUGUAUUUGCCUAGUCGAACGAUAUUCGUCCUUGACACUAUAGAAUUAUAUUAUUUAAAUUGUGAAAUUAAUAUUCAAUUUUGCAUUUAUACGUAUUUUCCGAUCUAAUAAUGUUACCAUCCGUUCAUGAAAUUAUUUAGUAUUUAUUAUUUUUUAUCUCAAAUAAGAUCAUUCCUUUGUAAUUCCAAUUAAACAGAAUAUCUCUAGGUUACUCUCGUUAUAUUAUUUAGGGCCACUUCGAUUAAUUUAAUUGUUGAUUAAUUUGCAGGAUCUACUUUUUGGAACAGCAAAACUUCUAUUAUGUUAUGAAUAAUAAUUAUAUCAUUUAUUACCAGCAUCCACGUUGGCACAGUAUGAAUGAUAAUUAUAUUAUUCGAAAUUUUAAUGUUAAUCAUGCAAGUUAAUCAAUGAUUAAAAUUGAAAUUUAAUCAAGUGGCUUGUAGAGUUAUAAACAUUUUUAUUAUUCGUUAAUAUCUUCUUUUUCUCUUUUUUAAUAUUUCGAAAUAUAGUGAUAUAUGAAACACGCCGCUAUUAUAUUUUACCUUCGAAAAUUGGUCGGUAUAACAAAAGAUAGUAUGCUAUUAGCGUCAUAUCUGCAUCUGAACAUUCCCCAUAAACCGGGAAAUAUUAGCACAUCCUGCAUACAUAAAUGUGCGCUCGUGUUAAAAGUCCUUCAAUAGACCACGGGCCACCGGAUAGUAACGACUCGUCGUCAUGCCGCAAUGCUACGUGCUGCUAGUGAACGUUAUUGUCGUCGCGACAAUGAUGAUGAUGAUCGGCGUCGCAUUUUCGGAAGGUACGAAUCGCGAACUCGUUCAGAUCGAAAGACCAGUUCGAAUGACUCGAGUGGGAAACGACCUCUUCCCUCAAAAUCGGAAGGCGAUGUCAUUCACCAACUCUUUGCCUAUAUUCUUUUUGCAUCUUCUCAAGUACAAAGUACAGUAUCAGAAGCUGGAUAAAAUCAUGACUACCACUACUACUACUACUACUACUACUACUACCACUGUUCCACCGCCUAGAAUUUGCAUCUGUGUAGCGUUCUAUUUGUGCGGUAGUCAUACUGAUGGUGCAGGAAUCGAUAUUCGCACUUAUAGAUGCUCUGAAGUCUACGAGGUCUGUUGCCACCUGUUGCGGAAUGUCACAAUACCACGUCCAACAAUACCUCCGACAUCACCCCCAACUCCGACUACUCGUCCAACAUCACCACCGAUCAUUUUCCCGACCGUACCACCGAUUCCUACCGUACUUCCGAAUUGCAUCUGCAUGGAGAUAUCACUGUGCACCGGAAUAGUCAACAUUUUCGGCGAGGGUAUAAUAAAUCCGCGGCAACAGUACGGCCUGUGUCCAAAUGCCAAUCAAGUUUGCUGCAGCACACUGGCGACCACGAGACAGCGACCAACAACGAGCCCUCCGAUGACCACGAUACCGACGACGAUGAUGACGACGACGACGACGACGACGCCGACACCUGGACAGACGCAUCUGUGCUUCAUGUGCAACAAUACUAUUCAGUGUUUCACUUGCAUGAACAUUAUCGCGCCAAACAAUAGCGUGAUAGACCCAAGGUUCUCCCAGAUCUUGUCGGGAGGAAAUGUUUGCGCGCUGAUAACCCUGCUGCCCUGUUACGCUAGCCCACCUGCCUGGUCAGUUACGGAUUUACUCGGUCCAUUGAAGAAUCCGGGUACUCCGCAGGCUUGUUAUUGCGUGAAGACUUGGCUGUGUUCCGAGGGAAACGUAGUAAGCCCGGACGGUCUGGGUAUAAUAGAUCCGAGAUUCACGGUUUGCUCGUCGACCGACCAAGUAUGCUGUCGACUGGUGGGAAUCGAUCUUCAAGGUCUUCGCAGCGUUUCCGCUUCCUCGUCCACAGAUCUCGCUGUCGAACGAUUCGAUCAUUUGACUUCGGAGAUUACUUGUGGUAUACAGAACAACAAUUACGCACCGCCGCAGCCUGCUCCCGCUAACUCCGGGAAGACUUAUUUCGCCGAAUUCCCGUGGAUGGUCGCGCUUCUCGUAAAGCCCACAACCGGCGAUUCUUACGUUUUCAAAUGUGGUGCUUCGAUGAUAAGUAACGAGGCCGUCCUCACUGCCGCACAUUGCGUUGUAAAUCAGAAACCUGAAAAUUUAAUUGCACGCUUCGGUCAAUGGGAUAUAAGAAGUAACAUUCAACCAUUGCCUAUUCAAGAAGCAAAUAUUCUCACAAUAGCUGUGCAUCCGUCUUACUACAGCGGUGGGCUAUUUCACGACGUAGCUGUUCUUAUUCUGGAAAAACGAGUCGUCUAUAGCGCGAAUGUCAUGCCGAUUUGCCUUCCUGAACAGGGUAAGGUCUUCCCGGCCGGGAGCAAAUGCUACGGAAUAGGAUGGGGUAGCAAUUCGUUCGGAUCAGAAGGGCAAUAUCAGGCCGAGCUUCGAAAGAUCGAUCUUCCUAUCGUCGAUCAUGCGGAUUGUCAGACGCGUUUACGAAGUACGAAAUUGGGCCAGUACUUUCAACUGCACGGAUCAUUUAUCUGCGCGGGCGGCGAAACGAACAGAGACACGUGUCGCGGUGACGGCGGUGGACCUCUGAUUUGUCAAGCUACGACGGGACAAUUUUUUCAAGCUGGCAUUGUAUCAUGGGGUAUUGAUUGCGGAAUCUCUAAUGUUCCUGCGGUAUAUGCCAGUACAUCACAACAUCGUCAAUGGAUAGAUCAACAGCUCGCGGCUUUUGGCGUAUAGUGAUGCGUAGGAUGUUUAAUAUUUCUAGUUCAAUAGUUGUCAUGUGCUUUUUACGAUCAUACAGUUACCAUAAUCUUUUUACUCCGCUCACGAAUUAUAAUAUACAAUAGAAUGUAUUAUACAAUUGUACUUGUUAGAAAAUAUUGAAACUUAUAUUAUGUAUAUAUGUAUACUUUGCAUUAUAAAAUAUUUAUAAAUA